UUAGUCAGUCUGUCUUCAUGGACUAGAAGGGAUGGCUGUGCGAGCGAACCUUUUCUCCUUACUCUUAACUUCGUACCUGUUUUUGAACAUAUCUCAAGCGUCACCGCCGGCUGGCUCGAAGAAAACGGGGACGGACAAAUGCAGCCUUAAGGGUCUCCUGUCCAGUUCUGACGGCAGUGGGCGGAAGGCCGGGGUCACGUUCCGCACCGACAACUGCACGCUGAACUGGAACCCGUUGGGGAAGCACGCCAUCCAUGAAGUCAGCAACGUCACCUUCAGCCACCUGGCGUGUGAGGACCAGGCGGCCGUGGUGGUGCACUGGAUGCCCAGCCCACUGGGCAUUGAGCACGUGCGGGGGUUCAGAGUGUACCUGGAGGAUAAGAGUCCGGAGGGGAAGCAGUGUCAGCACAUGGUGCUGAAGGAUCCGCGACAGCUCAACUUCUCCUUCAGGAACGUGAAAAUGAGCUCCCAGCCCUUUCCCGGAUUAGACUUCGAGACGGACUAUAUGAUCCGGAUCGUUCCGUUCCCCACCUUCAUGAACGAGAGCUACUUCCCCCCGUCUUUCCUCCGUACCAACACCUGUGAAGUCCUGCUGAGCCCAGAUAAUCUGGUCUGCAAACCAUUCUGGAAGCCCAAGAGCCUGAACAUCUCCCAGCUGGGCUCCAGCCUGCAGGUGGCGUUCGACCACGCCCCGGCCACGUUCGGCUUCUCCACCUACUACCUGUACUACAAACUCCGGCAGGAGAGCUCCUUCAGGCUCAAGUGCUGCAAGCCGGAGCCCAGCUCUUACAGAACAACAUGUUCUCUCCCGGACGUAACGCCAGGGACCUACAUCAUCGAGCUCCGAGACGACAUCAACACCACGCGGAGACAGGCCCAGUACCACGUGAGCCAAGUGCACUCCCUGUGGGCGGGGCCGAUCCGGGCCAUGGCCAUCACCGUUCCCCUGGUCAUCAUGUCCGCCUUCGCCACGCUCUUCACCGUCAUGUGCCGCAAGAAACAGCAGGAGAACAUCUACUCCCACCUGGACGAGGAGAGCUCCGAGUCCUCCUCUCACACCACGGCGCUGAACGCAGACAGGCCCUGGCCCCGCCCCAAGGUCUUCAUCUGCUACUCCAGCCGGGACGGGCCCAAGCACCUCGCCGUGGUCCAGAGCUUCGCCAGCUUCCUGCAGGACUUCUGCGGCUGCGAGGUGGCGCUGGACCUGUGGGAGCACCUGGAGAUGUGCAAGGAGGGGCAGAUGGCCUGGCUGAGCCGGCAGCUGGAGGAGGCCCACUUCAUCCUCACCGUCUGCUCCAAGGGCAUGAAGUACUUUGUGGAGAAGAAGAGCCGGAGGAGCAGAGGGGCGGGCGGCCGGGGGUCGUCGGCGGGGGGGUCCGGGGGGUCGGCGGGGGGGUCCGGGGGGUCGGCGGGGGGGUCGGGGGGCGCGGGCGGGGACCUGUUCGUGGUCGCCGUGGCGAUGAUCGGGGAGCAGCUGCGGCAGGCGAGGCAGCGCUCGGCGGACCUGUCGCGCUUCGCGGCCGUGUACUUUGACUACUCGCGCGAGAGCGACGUGCCCGCGCUGCUGGCCCUGGCGCCCCGCCUGCGCCUCAUGGACCAGCUGCCGCUGCUGUUCGCCCGGCUGCACGCCCGCCAGCCCGGCCCGGCUGACCGCCCGCCGCCGCCCCCGCCCCCCAGCCUCAGCAAGCACAACUACUUCCGCAGCCGCUCCGGCCGCGCGCUGUACGUGGCCAUCUGCAACAUGCACCAGCUCGCCGCCCAGGAGCCCGACUGGUUCCACCGCAGACUGGGCCCCGGGGCCGGCGCGGGCCCCGGCCCCUGCCCCUGCCCCGCCCCCGGCCCCGCCCCCGGCCCGUCCCGUGCCCGCACGCGGGCUCCGCCCCUGCAGAAGUGUGACUCUGGCCUGGUGCUGAACGAGGUGGUGCUGAGGACGCCGCCCCCCGAGGGGGAGGGCGCCGUGGCGAGCCACGCCCUCGUCCCGCCGUCCGUCUCCGUCUCCUCGCAGGGAGAGCCCGAGGGCCCGGCCCCCCAGGACAGCCUCCCCAGCGCCCCCCUGGGGCCCCUCCCGCACACGGACGGCUCGGCCAGCCCCCCCGAAAUGCCCCGGGACUCGGGCAUUUACGACUCGUCCGUGCCCUCCUCCGAGCUCUCCAUCCCGCUGAUGGAGGGGCUGAACCCAGACCAGGCCGACUGCUCCUCCCUGACCGACAGCGUGUCCUCCUCCUCUGGCCUGGGAGACGAGGAGCCCCCUGCUGUCAGCUCUCUGCACUGCGGCGGCUCCACCAUCUGCAAGGCCGAGCUCCAUCACCACCGCAGCCUGGAGCCCAGCGAAGGACUGGCCGCGGUGGCCUCCUCGUAGUGCCCGCCUCCCGGACACGCACUGCCACUUUACUGCCUCGCCUUCCAGCAGCAGUGCACUUAUUCGGGCCUUUCCCCAGCACGCCCCCCCCCCCCCCCCGCCCCCCCCUCCUACGCAUCGGACGACCGGAGGAGGGAGGGCGCCUCUCGUGUUGUCACACUCGACUCCCGAUUCAUCAGUUCUGUUGAGUUCGGUCGAGCCCCUCCAUUUUGUUUGAAGAAGAAGAAGAAGAAGAAGAAAAAAAACAAACGUCUGGUGUCUGCAAUCUGCUGGAGUGCGUGAAAGGCUGGGCGCUAUUUGACCAAAGUGGUUGUGUUUUCAUGCAGCCUUGUCUCCAUUAGCGGUAGUGCUAAAACGUGGUGUAUAUGUUGUAGAGUGGCUCAUCACCUGCAGAAAGUGUCCCUUUAUGGUUGCCAAUUCAGCACCCCCCCACCCUCUCCCCCACUUUUUUAAAAUCAAAUAACUGGGUGGUGUUGCCAUGAGCCAGUGGUAAUCGUCGAGGUACAUUCUUUGGGAAAGUGUGAUUGAGUACAUAUUUGUACGUGGGUAUCUCAUUUUUUAUUUAUUGUUUAAUUUUUUUUGUUGUUUUUUUUUUUUUAAAAGACUGGUCUCGUAUAUGCAUAUGAAAAUGCCUGGAGAUGCCCUUGUCAUCGAGUUCUGAGGUAGUCCACAGAAAAGAUGAGUUUGUUGAGGCUGAAUAUGAGAGUCAAAGCACUUUGAGUUACUAGUUGACAGAUUGUGCUUUGUAUAUAUUUUUUAAAAGAUUUGUUUUGUGAAACAUUAUCGCCCCACAGCGCAAGAAAUAACUGCCCGAAGUUUACAUAUAUCAGUUACUCUAUGGACAUUAGAAAUGACGAUUUGGUUCAUUUUUUGUGUAACUCCUGGAAAUUGCAAAGGGCCGAAAGUAGCUUAUUCCGUUAUGUCAAAUUUCAUCAUAAUUAACUUGUCUCUCAGCUUUAAAUGACAUAGAGAUGAUUAUAGCAGACUAUAUUAGUGGCCCUUAGCACUGGAAUAACAGAUUCAGGUCCUGUUGAAUGGCAUAAACUCUACAUAAACUCUUUUUUUUUUUUUUUAAUAGACAGUCACAUUUGUUUUAAGUUGUUUUUAAACUUUUACUACAGAUACAAACCUUCCUUGGGUUCAUGGCGUAGAGCUGUAGAGACUGGAUUAAUGCCUUUUAUAGAGGAACGCCUCUUCACCGGGGAACGAGUCGAAACGCCAUCCACCGUCCAGCUUACUUUCAAUGGGUCCACGUUUUUUGGUCAUUUGCAAACUUUGAUCUGUUCAUGUUUUAUAUAUAUAAAUAUAUAUAUAUAGUUUAGGAUAUUAGACAUUAUUUCUACAUUAUAUAUCAACUCUGUACUGUUUUAUAGUACCCUAAUGUAGGAAAUAAGCACCAAAUAAAACUGAUUUUUAUUAAUGAA